GACGUUUAAUUGACGACAGGGUCAACAAUAUGGCGCUGUCCGUGGUUUUCGUGUUUACCGCAUCUGAUGGUUGAUGUGUAAUUUUUAUUUACAUGUGCUUAGCACAACUGAAGCAGCGCUGGCUUUGGAAUGAUCUAUUCUUCUCUACUGUUUACCUGAAAAACCAAAGGACUUGUGUUAGUGCUCGAGCAGCACCAUGUCUGGGUCAAAUGUGUGGACUCGCAGCCGGGAGAGAUUGAGAAUUUUCCCCGAACUUUUAGCGCAGUGUGCGGACGAGGCGGCGGUGUACGGAAAGUGUGUAGCAGCGACCACAACAGGCAGACAGGAGCUGAAGAAAGAUCUGUGUGUCAAAGAGUUUGAAGCACUGAAGACCUGCUUUACAAAUGCAGCCAAGAAGAGAGCCAAGUGAAUGGGAGCUGCCCAGACGUAGGAGCAGCAAAUUCAGUGGACCAACUUGAACAGUUUAUGCCUGUGGAGCAGACCUCACUUUCCAACCUGACUGGCUGGAAAUAUUUUCUGUUUUGACUGCAUGUUGUCGCAGUAGAGAUAAACCAUGAAGCGCCGCCACAUUCUGUAAUAUGCAAGGCUGACACAGUUACGUAAUAUAGAGAAUAAAAUAUUUCUGAUUUUA